CAGUGGACAGAAUAUACAUCUUGGACUUAACCGAAUAAAUAUUUAAUUUUAAUGCAAUAUUUCGAACAUUAAACAUUCCGACGAAUAUUUAUUGUACCACAUAUUCCGGUAUAUUUAUUAAAACUACAAUCCUGAAAGACACAGGAAGAUUUCCAGAGGAAGAUUUUAUAAGAAAAUAUCGCUGAGAACGUACGGUCCUGGUGGAACCAGUAUAUGUAUAUAGUCGGAAGCGACGUUCCAGCCGCGCAUGUGAACGAGGAGUCGCCUGCGCUCCGUUUCGCCUCGAACCUCUCGGAUCUUUUUUUUCCCCGGCUGAUGUUGUUGAUUCGGGCGCAAUAUCCCCUUCGUCGCGAUGUAACGUCGACUACGUCGUUGUACCGCACGCGAUUCCAGAGCACCGCGGCUUUACGUAAACACGGCGCAUGUGUUUACCCGCGUGCGGGCUUCGACCGUCGCGGUUUUCGUUUCGCAUUGUGUUUUCGCGCUGACCCGAUCAGCCGCUGACGCAUAUUGCUGCAGCCGUUUCCGGCUUCCGUGCGGUCACGUUAUAGGUCUCGGCACGUGUGCACGGGCUUCGGUGCGUGCGUAAGUGCGUACGUAGUACGACGGCGACGCGACGCACGCGCGACGCCGACGCGGGACGGCGACCGAACGACGGCGACGUCGACGGCGAGGUGACGCGUCGGGAGGUCGCGACGGCGAAUUUUCGGUGCCGUAAACAGACUCGGGUCGAGUGCGUCGCGGGUGCGUCGUACGCGAAGUUACAGUAGCACACCUUCGCCGAGGCCGAGAUUCGUCGUGUGGGCAAAUCCCCUCGCACAAGGUACCUUCUCGACCCGAGAUGGACUGGAGCUUGCAUCGCGGAGGAGAAUAAAAGUCCUCAACGUCGCGCCUGACUAAUACUAAUGCUGUAUCCCUGGAAAAACUAUCGGGAACCACAGAUGCAGGGGAGAGUUUUCCGGUCGGGAACAAUACGUACUUUUCUCACGUGCAACGCGCAUCGUUCCACGUGCUGCCGGGUACAAUAAUGACAAAAUCGAAGGCUGCAUCAUGGUUUUUACACUAGAUACUGUACUGUGAGUCAUUCGACGCACGUACGGUGUUGAUACUGACGAAACGGAUAUCGUGUUAUACGAGUUCUGCUAAAUAUCUCGAUCAACAAAGGCGCAUUAAUCGCGCAUCGUUUCAUCCACGAAACACAAUCAUGCAUCCGAGUAUAAUAUUACUGUCGACAUUGGUGGCCUUCGUCGCCGCCGAGAGCAUUCUAAUGACAGAAGUCUUUGUCAUACCCAUCAGACCCGAGACUUUCGACUGGAGUACAGAUGGACACUCCGAUCAAUUUUCGUAUCAGCCAUCCUUGCUGAACGCCCCCGAUCUUCCGUCAUGGAUACAUUACACCUACAGUAAGAAAGAUCAUCAUGGUUUUUUAUACGGCGUCGCGCCCAAAGAUCAAAAGUACUUUCAGUUGGAGAUCGUGGGAUUGAACAAGCACACAUACGAAACCCGUUACAAAGUACUUGACAUGAACGUACUCGAGAGAGAAAAUUUAACCAAGUACGAGGUGCACCUGAAAAUUGAUAAUCUUAACGUGGAGGACAUGUUCGAUCACAAUCGCACCCAAAAACUCCUCGAUAUAUUCAGGAAAAAAUUGUGGAAAGGCGCUGCGGACUUGUACGUGACUUUUUUGGCGUCUGCAAUCGAGCUCGGAGCUCGUUUGCCUCUGAAGCCCAGCGAAGGCGAGGGAGUCGUCGUGAGGCUGGGUAGUACCGUACCGUUCUCGCAGGAAUUGAACGAGUUGCAGGAGGAGGUCAAGCCGCUAUGGAAAAUGCCGUCGUGCCCCAGAGACUUCAAGAGGACCAGCGUGGAGAUACUCUUCCGCGAGGCUGAGUUCAGAUUGGACUGGUGCUCCUUCAGAUUACUAGAGGAAGAUCAACAGAGUCUGCAGCACGAGAGCGCCCGGAGGGGCCCUAGCGUCGUGGGUCUACCCUCGUCGGGCAUCUCCGAGCACACGGAGUGGCGGUGGGCCCGUUCGACGAAGGCCAGCAUACCCACGAGAAGCUACUUCAAGGAGAUCGCCACCACGAUUUUCGUACCGGUCGUCCUGCUCCUCGUGCUGGGCGCCUUACUUAGCACAGCUUUCUGCCUACAUCACGAGAAAAUGACGGAUCCGGAGUCAGAUGAAUAUUUCGAUGAACUCUUUAAUAUUUUCCUUUUGAGAGAACAACCCGUCAGAGAGAAGCGGGAGCCCACGCCGGGGGAGGGGGUCGGAAACAACGGAAUACAAAUGGUGCAGUACGCUAUGCCGGAGAGAGGCACUCUGAAAUCGCUGUCGGCCCAGCCGUCGAGUCCGGACGAAUCUCUAUCGCGAAGUCCAAGAAUCUCCGGCGAACGCUGCAACCCAUACGUUCGUCCAAAUCCGCCGCCUUACGCUGGACCAAGCAACUUCGCCGGCCUACGCGCCGAUUUCUGACUACACGAGCAGCCCGCGAAAACCUGGUUCUGCUAAGUGAAAUACAGUUCGCGGGCGGCUUUCAACUCGACGUUCCGAGAAAGGUAUAUGAGCCGAGUGUAUUGCAAACUCAUCGAAACCGGCUCCAAAUUUGCAAGUUGAAUCACAUCAAAUACGCACGUCGCUUAUUAUCGGUAACCAUAAACAUGCGUUGCGUCACGCCUUCCGAGCAAUAUAUCAGCGGAUUCGUUACAAUACGUUAAGUGUCCCGUCUGAGAAGUCGAUGUGCGUCUGAAAGAUUUUUCGGAAUCUACAAUUUAUUCCGAUAGAAUAGAAUAGAUAAAAUAGAUGCGUUGUGCGAAUAUAUAUAUAAAAAGAAGAAUUUUCCUUCAAAGUAGCACUGUGUACAAUUAUUUGCACCGCAAUACGAUAAUAUGAAUAUUGUGUAACAUAUGAGAUUUAUAAUACAUUAUAAAAUAUAAUCGUAGGGAAGUUUGUAUUGAAGAAAUAAAUGUGUUUA